UCGAAGAGCGCUCCAUAGUGUUUGCAAUCUGGUAGUGCACAUAUAAAUACGCUUCAGUCCCAUUGAAAAACAAACGGCACUCGCCCCUGUGUAUCACUUUCAAUAUCACGGACCAUGGCGGCUGCUACCAGCAGCAAUACUACCGCAGCCAGUCUACCAAUAAAGCAUUCCAGCAUCGAACAUGCACGAAAACGCAUAGAUCCACGGAGAAGACAGGCGGCCCUUUCUUUCCUCAGCAAUAUUUCUUUGGACGGACGACCAGUGCAAGAUGACGGCGACAAUCAGGGCGACGAAGACGGUUCUGUUGAGGCAAGGACUAGACAGAGCCUGGUUUCUGCAGAGCGGGCAAUGUACCCGGCUAGUGCUGCAGCGACGGCGGCCCAGGCAUUCGCUGCUGCAAACCAGGCUCUCAUGUUGAACGCUCGUGGGAGCUUCGGGAUAAGUCCGCUCGCAGCCCCUAUUUGUGCGAAUCCGGAAGGCGAUGCAUUCGCCUGUGGGGUACACGCGGCUGGCCAGGCUGUUUUUAGUUCUCCGUUCUCCGCAGUGCCAGUAGCGACAAGGGGAAGGCUGCAGACGUACACUCAGGGAAUUUUACCCGUCACAUUCACCAGGCAAGCAUCUCAGAACUACUGCUGCCUGGAAAGUGGGCAGAUCGGCAACGCUGCCUUGGAACUGCAAAGGUCCAGACGAAGACUCAUAUCCCAACGCUCGUCCCUGGAAACUCUGGAGGACAUUGAGGAGAAUGCACCACUGCGCAGAUGCCGAACUCUGUCGGGUUCACCCAGACCAAAGAGCUUCAAGAAGGUUCACUUCAUCAAGAACAUGAGACAGCAUGACACACGCAAUGGAAGGAUAGUCCUUAUCAGUGGCAGAAGAUCCCUCUGUAGUGUAUUAUCUGUCCUGCCUUAUCGAGAUUGUAGCCAAGCAGGGGACAUGAAACUGGAUGGCAGUGGGCGCCAGCGACAUCCCUCGGGUGGGGUCAGUGCCAAGGAGAUGGUGAUCGGGCUAGAAGGAGUAGAACUGGGUGCUGACGGAAAGACGGUGUCCUACACCCAGUUCCUAUACCCUACCAACUCCCUCAGUGGCCGCAGGAACACCAUCGACUCCACCUCCUCCUUCUCCCAGUCCCGCAACGCCAGCCAUCGUAGCCUCAGCCUGGGUCGUGCCAACAGCAACCAGAGCAGCAUCGACACAGGAAAUGAGAUGGGGGACUGCUUUGAAUACGACCCUAAUCUGCUGGACGACCCUCAGUGGCCUUGCGGGAAACAUAAAAGGGUGCUGAUCUUCCCAUCGUACAUGACUACGGUCAUUGAGUACGUCAAGCCCUCCGACCUCAAGAAAGACAUGAAUGAGACCUUCAAGGAGAAGUUCCCUCACAUCCGACUGACCCUCAGCAAGAUCAGGAGCCUGAAGAGAGAGAUCCGAAAGCUGGCUCAAGAGGACUGUGGCUACGAGGAGCCCACAGUCGCCAUGGCCUUUGUCUAUUUCGAGAAGCUGGCACUGCGAGGCAAGCUGAACAAGCAGAACCGCAAGCUGUGCGCCGGUGCCUGCAUGCUGCUCGCCGCCAAGAUUGGCAGUGACCUCAAGAAGCACGAGGUCAAGCACCUGAUAGACAAACUGGAGGAGAAGUUUCGGAUGAAUCGGCGGGAGCUGAUCGCCUUCGAGUUCCCCGUGCUGGUGGCGCUGGAGUUCAACCUGCACUUGCCGGAGCACGAGGUCAUGCCCCACUACAGACGCCUCCUGCAGAGCUCCUAGCCCUGGCUCUCAAUCAGGAGAGCUGCCCUCUUCUGAUUAUGAGGUCACCAAGGCUCUGCCCUCUUCUGAUUAUGAGGUCACCAAGGCUCUGCCCUCUUCUGAUUAUGAGGUCACCAAGGCUCUACCCUCUUCUGAUUAUGAGGUCACCAAGGCUCUACCCUCUUCUAAUUUUGAGGUGUCCAAGGCUCUGGCCUCUUCUGAUUAUGAGGUCACCAAGGCUCUGGCCUCUUCUGAUUAUGAGGACACCAAGGCUGUACCCUCUUCUGAUUUUGAGAUGUCCAAGGCUCUGCCCUCUUCUGAUUUUGAGGUGUCCAAGGUUCUGCCCUCUUCUGAUUUUGAGAUGUCUGAGGCUCUGCCCUCUUCUAAUUUUGAGGUGUCCAAGGCUCUGGCCUCAUCUGAUUUUGUGGUUCCUGAGGCGCCAUCCUUACCCGAUCUAGGGCUUCACAAGAACCCACUGUACUCAGAAACCCUUUUCUUUGAGUUUCCACCUGCUCCAGAUUAUAGAAUCCCAGAGAAGCCCUACCCUGCAAUGAGUGUAAAAUUCUACAGUUUUCUACAAAUUCCUGCUCUUUCCUGAGUUACAUGCUCCUGAGACUCAUACCCUCAAGUCACCUCUCAGAACAACAGUUGGGAAAAUUCACAGAGAUUUGCUGAGAACAAAUUUAUUCAGAUAAUUUGUGGACAAGGAACAACAAACAGUGGUGCAAGAAUUGACGAGCUGGCCAUCAUUUGACUGUUUCCCUUUAAUGUACACUUAUUUUAUUCAGGAAUUGGUUUUGUAUGUUUUUAACAUUCUUACAGAUUUUUGUUCAAGCAGUGGUGUUGGUAAGGAGCUUACAAGUUUCUGAGUGGUGAAUGUGACUGCUUCUUUACAUUUUCAAAGAGUUGCAAAUGGUUGUAAGCAGCAGCUUUUUUUAACUGGGAGUAAGUCAUAGAUUAAGACCUUCUUCACCAGCAAGCCACUGUUUCGUGAACCAUGGGCCAGAUUUACUAAAGGAAAAACAGAACACUACACACACGGUUCAAUGUUUAAUCCACUUGCUGUUGUGAGGUUUAUGACCUUUAAUUAACCAUUAACAACUUUCAGAUAAAUAUCCGUCUUACUUGUAACCAAUAAACUAGUUACAGUAUGCAGAAAAGGUAGCAACAGUCACCUUAAAGAAACAUUCUGGUAGCAGGAUUACAUUACCAUGUAUUGCAUAACAAAGUAGAUGGUACCUUUCCUUGCACAAGACCAUUUAAUAUGCAGGAAAAGAUUGCCAUAUGUAUGCUGGGGAAAUACAACUGCAGUGUGUAAGAAUAUAAAAGAUAAAUGCUUCCAAGUCACAUGAUAUAAAUGUUAGCGAAAUGCAAAUGACAGCUGACUAAAUAUUUAAAAUUGUGCAGGACUUUAUAAGGAAAACAGUUUUUUAUUAAUUUAAUCCAGUGCAUUCAGCUAUCAAUCACAUAAUCCGCACUAUCACUAAAUAUGUUCAGGAUUUUUAUUUUACAUCACUGCCUAUAUAUUGGUAAAUAUAUUAUUGAGGUUUGACAUAAAAUUUUUCUUACCUCUUUCUUAAACAGUUUUAAGGAGAAAGAUUUCAUGCACCACGGAAUGUAUUAUAUUGAUUAAUACUUAUCAGAAUUAUAUAACACAAGAUGUGGGCAAGCUCUAACAAAUGAUCAUUUAUGUUACAGCAUUGCAGAACUAGUGAAAAUUAAUUUUAUUUUACACAAUUUGUUGAUUUAAAGAAAGGAUGGGUUUAUGUGGAGCUUCCAAUGCUCAAAUGUCUGUAUAAAUUAGGUAAAUUUAUGCACUAAAAGCUGUUGACCAUCUUUUGCUUUCAGAGUGCUGAAUUAACAUUUAUUUGAGGGUGCAGUUUUCUUAUAAACCAAAAAAGACCCACUCAAAGAACACGUAUUCAAGCUGCAUAUUACAGGUGUUGUCUUCUCAGAAGACUGAAAGGAAAAACAGUCUUUAUUUAGUCAAAUUUAUAUGUUGUUUUUGUUGUGGCAGUAAUCCAAAUAUAUUGUUUAAGUGACUGAAUAAUGUAUCUCAAAUGGCUUGAUUCAUUUCAGAAGUUAUAAAACCUACCGUAACAUUUUUUUGUGGAAAAAAAACAUUGUAUUGCAAUUUACAUUAAGCAUGUCCUCUUAUCUCAGACAUCACAAAGGCUGUGCAGUGAGCUUUGGGAGCUUGAGACAGAUUUUUAUCUAAAUCCUUGUCUGAAAUCAAAAAAUAAUGACAAGUAGCCAAGAGCAUUAAUGGUAAUGUUCAUAUACUUUAUUUUAUUAAACUGGUCCUUCCUGCUUGCAUCAGCAGGAUAAUUUGUUAUCUGGUCAACCAUGGCAUUACAUAUAUUGUGCUUUAGUAGGUUCAUCCCAGUAAUACAUUGAUUUAUAAAUAAUAAUAUAAGCAUAAGAAUUUAAGUCAAGUAAUUUUUUUAUUUGUACAUAUAAUGUACUGUGUCUCAUUUGCAUUCCCCUGUUUUGCACUAUGCUAACUGUCACGACUCUCACAUGACCUUUUAGUAAAUAUUGGCCCUCCUGUCAUUUAUUAUUAUUUUUAAUAUGAUAAUUCUGCUUUUUGUUUUGUUCUUUGGUGCCAAAUUUGGACCAGUAGCCAAAGUUGACUGAUUUUUAGUGUUUAAUGCUUAUUAUUUUAAUGUAUAAGUUAUUUAUAGUCUGACUUGAUGAGUUGCCUUUGAGCUCUUAUAAAGAUGAAGGGAGAGCUGCAUUGAAGGCUACAGCUAUAUUGGAUGUGACUGUUAUUGUUCACAGUGAUUUUUCUUUUGGGUGCAUAUUCCUCUUUCAGCUUCUCUUGGCUAAAUGUGCACUUUUUAUGGGUACCAUGGAGAUAGAUGUUGCCUGCUGAGAUCCGCGGUGGGGGUGCGGAAGUGUUUCCUAAUUAACGGUGCACUUUGAAAAAUGGCUUGUGAUAUAUUUUAGCUUAUCUGAACAAAUCCCCCCAGACAUACUCAUCUAGGUUGUCUCGAUUUAAGUCCACCACAUCAAUCGCUGUUUUUACUGUAUAUUUCAUGGUCAUUCCAGUCUUUACAGCCAGCAGCUUUACUUCUGGAUUGGUGGUUUAGUGGCAGGCACAUUUUUACAGGGAAAGACUGCUGAAUGUUUAGUAAUGGGGAUUUCAUACAUUAUAGUACCUUUCAGUACUCAAACUUUUCUACCGGCUUUCCAAGCUUCAUUUGAAUGUGUGGAGGCUAGAACUGCUGUUGUGUGCGUUUGAUCCUUAGCCUGUGCUCUAUGUUAGAGUGUAUUAUCGGCACGUUUAUGGUGCUAAUCUCAAGGAGGGGCAGAUACUGAGCUUAAGGGCACGUAGCUGAUGGCCAACAGCGGGGGUGUGGCCAACGUAGACAGGGCUCUGUGGGUUAUCUGAUGAUGAAUGCACUGUAAUGUCAGUCACCACAGUGGCCUACCUGUUUUCCUUUCUUAAUUUGACCAGAUUAAAUGAAAUCCCAAUCUUAAAGUUCAAAGUUCAAGACAGUUCUAGGUAGAGUGAAACCCUGCCUACUUCUUUCCAAAAGGACAGAAAAUUACCUGAUUUCAGGAAUUUCAAUUGCAGCUCAGUUAUGACAAUGAUGUACUUUGCACUAGCAAUCUGUCAUCACUAUAUUAUGAGGUGAAUUCUGGGCAUGCUUUGUCAUACUGAACUUUUUAGUAUUUUUAGUUCAGAGCAAUUGAAAACCAUUGCCUUCAACUAGGUUGGUACCAUUUACCAUACACCAAUCCUGUUCUUCACUCGUAGGGUUUUGUUAGUAGCAUAUACAAUCAUAAUCUACAAUCAGUUCUCUUCGGAAUGUUAUAUGUUUCAGAAUGCCAAAUACUCUCUGUUCUUUUAGAUAAGCCCCAUAGUAUUGGUAGGCGGUGCUAAGAUCACCUUGGAGGGCUUUGAGUUUGAUCUUACGACUUGAGAGUGUGCUGUCCGCAGCAUCUUUUCUGCAAAUGUGUUUAUUUCUUAUUUACAUGUAGAUAAGACUGUGUGUGGUAGAGGUGUGGAGAGUAACAGUGGACCAGCUGUGUGUUAAACACUUAAUCGCACAGGGCACUCUUCAUUAAAGUGUGAAUGUAGGUGGUCAGCUUUCUCAUAAAUUCAAAUCGGAGCUCUUAGAGAGAACAUGACAGCGAAUGCACACAGAGAUGUAAAUUAAUCCUAAGAAACUGAAAUGAGCCUGACUUGUGGAGAAUCUCAUUGCUUGGCCCUUUAGACAAGAGUUGGCCUCUGGGUGUGCACUUUAGGAUUUGUGAGGAAGCAAACUGAUUCCGAAUUUCUUGAAAAAAUAUUGCGUGCGUGUGUGUGUGUGUACAUAUGCUUCUUUGCUUGUACAAUAAAACAAGGUGUUGAAAUUGUU